AUGUCGGUCUACUCCCGCCGGUCAUCAUCCUCUUCCUCGGGGCGUUCAACCGCCUCCACCAUCACGGUGAAAUCGACAAACCUCAACGUCCCUCGGAGCAAGUCUCUCUCAGUCGUCACCUAUCUUGCCGGCGGCGACCCCCGCAAGCACAAGAACCUCCGCCGGCAGAAGACCACCACAGAGUACGAAAAUGGCACCUACGAGAGUACCUCGCAGUACUUCUGGGUGCGAGACCCCUACGAAUCCACCUACUACUGGGACGGUGACUACGACGACUACGACGAUCGGUCGAGCGUCUACAGCGGCAGCUCGCGCGGGAGCUCGCGCCGCAGCAAGCACGGCGGCAAGGGCCGGGGGAUGCCAGCUGCGGUGCCGGUGCAGCCAAUGCCGCCCCCGCAGCACCCAAUGGGCAUGCCGGGGAUGGGGAUGGGAAUGCCACCACCGGGGGCCAUGCCACCUCACAUGGGCGGGCACCCGGGGCCGAUGAUGGGAGGCGGCCCGCCUCCGGUCCAGGUCAUGGAUGAGGUCCUGGACGACGACGACGCCAGCUCCAUGUACAGCGGGAGCAGCUACCUGAGCGAAAGCUCCUACGGCUCCCACGGGAUGCCUCCGCCGCCUCCCCACAUGGGGAUGCCGCACAUGCCGCCGCCGAUGCACAUGGGCAUGGGCCCGCCGCCAAUGAUGAGCGGUGCGCGUCCCCCGCCGCCACCACACUCGCACCACGGUGUUGACAACGGUGGCGGUGAUGACAUGCCCGAGUUUUUCAAGCUGUCUUGA